GCCUUGAAGCAAGGAGAAUUGAGAGCCGUAGAGGCGAUGCGGAGAAGCUGUCCCUUGCCCUUGCUCUCCUUGCAGAUGGAUGGUCGUCCUCCGCAGACAGCGGCGGAGCAGCUGGAAGUUUUCACAGGUCCUUGCGGGCGUCGUGUCCCUCUGCCCGUGCGGCUGGAAGGUGCCUCGGAGCCCAAGGAGCUCCUGCGUUUGAACCUGGAAGCGAUGCAGUUCAGCCGGCGCUGGUCACCAUGGAGGCUUCAUUGCCCCGUCUCGCUCUAUGAGAAGCAGCUGACCCCAGGGGUCGAGGAAUUUGCUGUGGACUAUGCAGGC